AUGGCUAGUCUCCUGCAUCAGAUCGUUGCCCUCUGUGCGGCUGUGCUCUUGGCCCUCCAUAGUGCCGAGGCAGCGCAGUUUCACUGGCAUCCGAACGAAGUCCAAGGCACCGCAUGGGACUACAUCGUUGUCGGUGGAGGUCUAUCGGGCCUCGUCGUGAGCCGGCGCCUGGCUGAAGAGAAGGGCACGAAGGUGCUGGUGAUCGAGCCAGGUACGGACGAGCGCAAGAAUCCCGACAUCUACAAGGUCUCCAAGUACGGCGCCGUGUAUGAUACGCCGCUGGACUGGGCCUUUAAGACCACGCCGCAGGCUGUGAUUGGCAACCACACGCGCAAGAUCCGUGGGGGCCGCGUGCUGGGCGGAUCCACGGCCAUUAAUGGCGCCGCAUGGAACCGUGCUGCCAAGUCUCAGUACGAUUUGCUGGGUGACAUUGUGGGCGACGACCGCUUUAACUUUGCUACGCUGCAGUCGUACAUGAACCGCGCCGAAUCGUUUGUGCCGCCCAACGCAGCGCAGCGCAAGGCUGGCGCUGACUAUGUUCCCUCAGCGCACGGCAAGAAUGGCCCUCUGUCCAUUGGUUUCUCGCCUAUCCACCUCGCCAAGCGCAUGUUCACGGGCCCUGCGCCCCGCGUCUUUAUAGAGGCGGUCAACGCUGUUCUCCAUGCGCCCACGCUCCGUGACCAGUGCGAUGGUAACAACACCGGUGUUGCCUUCACGCCUACGUCGAUCAGCCAGCAAGAUACUCGCCAGGCGUCGUAUAUGUACCUGAAUGGCACGCACGACAACCUGCACAUCUUGCUGGGCAACCGCGUCACUCACCUGCUGUGGAACGACGGCACUCCGCGCACGGCCACAGGGGUUCAGGUGCAGGGUAAAGCGGAGGACAAGCCGACGGUCGUCCAUGCGAAUGGCGACGUGAUCCUCGCGGCCGGUGCGUUGAACACGCCCGGUAUCCUCGAGCGCUCGGGUGUCGGCGCGAAAAAUGUCCUAGAGAAGGCGGGCAUUCGGCAAGUAAUCAACCUGCCGGGUGUGGGCAAGAAUCUGCAAGAGCAGACGAUGAACACCAUGGGCCUCAAGGCGAAUGUCAACUACACUGGCGGCGGUCCGUCGAAUACGAUUGCCAACUCAAACAUCUACCAGCUGUUCCGGAAUGCCACCCAGGUGAGGAAGUACAUGUACGAGCACCUGGACGAGUGGUCGAAGAAGCUGCAGUCGCAGGGCCAUGUGGUGCAUGCGAGCACACUGCAGCAGCACUGGAAGUACGUGAUGCACUCGUUCCUGGAGCAGGGUGCGCCAGUUACGGAGCACUUUUUCGACACGGGCUACCCGGCCAACUCGUACGGCAUCGACACGUGGUUCCUGCUGCCUUUCUCGCGCGGCUCGGUGCAUGUAACGUCGCCGGAUGCCUUUGCGCCGCCGACGCUGGAUCCGAACUACUUUGCCGUGCCCAUUGACAUGGAUUUCCAGGUCGCUUCGAUGCGCACGAACCGUCGGCUCUUCCGCCACAUGAGCAAGCAGCCUGGGUUCGAGCAAGGCGAAAAUGUGCCCGGCACAGACCUGGUGCCAGACAAUGAGAAUAACUACGAUGCGUGGCGCGCGUGGAUUCUUGGUCUGGAAGGCAAAGGCUACGGCUUUGGCACGGUGUCGCACCCGAUCGGCACCUGCUCGAUGAUGCCCCAUGCCGAUGGUGGCGUCGUCGGACCACGCUUCUCCCUGUAUGGCGCGACCAAUGUCCGCAUUGUUGAUGCGUCGAUCCUGCCUGUGCAGGUUUCGGCGCACCUGUCUAGUACACUGUACGGUCUCGCUGAAUUCGCUGCCGAUAUGAUUCGCGACCGUGACUGA